GUUUCUCAACUCUCUGAGCUAGAAAAAUACAUGUUGUAUUUACAACUGCCAACAGAGGAGGCCAUUGAUGAUAAUGGAGAAGAAACUAAUAAAAUGUAAGCUACUUCUGUAUAUUCCUUGUGAUAACAUAUCUUUUGGUUGGGGCAGAGGUUAUAUAAAAGGCAGUGGAUAUUCUUAUCCUAAUAAUUUUAUCCAUUCAAUGGGGACGGGAUUUCUCAAGAUGAUACUAAACACACUCAAACUUUGUGAUUUUUUUAUACCAAUUUGACAAAUUUCACCAGCUUUACUGUCAAACUGUUGUUUUUUUUUAAUACAGUCCAUCAAAUUCAGUUGCCAAACGGACAGAUACUGCGCUCAGAUGGAUAAGGCAGAACUAUGUAGAGAGUCACGACACAGAUAGCUAUGUACCAAAGGAGGAAGUAUAUGAGCAGUAUCGGUAAGUCAUCAAGUAUACCUUUAAGGGUGAAGGGAGUUGAAAGGAUUGUUGAGAAGUAUGAUACAUCCAGAUUCUCAUGGAUAACAUUACGUGUGCGCUUUUAAAAAGUAAUAUUUUCUAUUAUAUUUAACUUUUUAACAAAAUUAAUAGAGCUUUAAAUUCAGUUUUUAAUGUCAGGCUAGUGGAUGGAGUAUUUUUCAAAAACACUUUUGGUAUCAAAUAUAAUUUGUCUCAAAUGGUUAUAGUGGUUUAUCCCUGAAGACUGUCACAGGGACUUAGUUAAUUGAUACUUAUUUCAUAUUAGUUGUAAGUUUAUAAUCUGAAGGUUCUAGGCUAUGUAUUUGUUUCUUUAUCUGAUGUUAUGGGAUAUCUCCUAUCAGGGAGCAGUGUGAAGCUGAUGACAACAAGCUACUCUCCAUCGCUGACUUUGGGAAAGCAAUGAAACUUGUUUUUCCCAAAAUUACUCACAGGAGACUUGGUCAACGGGGCAAAUCUAAAUAUCCUUUUGUUAAAAUUAUAUGGUGGAUACAAAUAAAAUGUUACUCAGGUUUUUAAAGGCUUUUUAUUAAAAUCCAUGUAUUUAUUUUUUUAGUAAAUGUAAACCGCAUCAUUUAGAGAAAGAUUUGAAGAAUGCGAAAAGCUUUGAAUUAGAGUGAUCCAUGCAUGUAAAUCCUUAACUGUUUGCACAUAUUGUUACGAGGGGUUAAAAAAGAGAGGAGAUAACUCAACAUCGUCAUAUACUAGUUCUUUCCAGAAUACAGCAGAGGUGAGUUUUUACAAGAUAAGUCUGUAAAGAAGUAUUUUGCUUAGCGAGGGGUUAUUACUAAGACUUACCUUAAUAUUGCUUUCAGAACAUAUUAGCUUUUGUUUUUAUAAAUAUUAACCAUUUGUCCCUUCAGAAGCCCUGUCCGGACGGCAACCUGUAUGCAUUGUCUUGCCAGCUUGUUUGUGAAUGGGCCUCCCAGCUGCUUAGUCGUCAGCUGACGGACAUCAAAUCUCUGUCUGAGUACCUGAUCUCAAUAGGAUUUUCGUGUGGAAAGACAGCAGCCAAAUUUAGUCUUCUGUCU